AUGACACAUACCAAGGUGCUUAGUUUUAUGAUUGUUGUAAUUGAGAAAGAGGAUAACAUUAUGAAAAAAAUUAAUGUGCAAUUUCCGAGUAUUUGUUGUUGUCGUGGCAAUAGCGUGUGGCAUACUGAUUCCUUCUAUACAUUCAUUAAUAAGAAUUUAUGGAGACAUCAUACUAAUGUUAGACAAUUUGCAACUUUCUCUACCAGCUCUAGGCUGUUUGAUAAGAGUCGUGGUUUUUUGGUGGAAGAAAGAAGCUAUCAUACCAAUCAUGGACAUGAUUGCGGAGGAUUGGGUCAAAUUGAAAAAUCCGCAAGAAAGAAAUAUAAUGAUCAAAAGGGCGCAAAGUGCACGCAUAAUUAUUACGUGUUCAUAUUGCAUCAUGGGAGUAGCAUGCUUUUUUGCUAUCAUUUUACCAUGCUUUGGAAUAUCUAUGAGAGACACGACCAACAUUACUGAUCCAGGCGGACCAUUGCCUCUACAAACUUAUUAUAUUUACGAUGUAACAAAACGACCGCAAUACG